GAGGAGGAGUCACCAUGUAGUUUUGAGUCUUGGGAACUACGACAUCACGGCUUUAUGAAUCCCCUGCACACCCAUCUUUGAUUUCUCAAGACUGUCAAAUUCCUGAUUCACAUCUCUCAGAUCAAGCCAAGCCUCUUUCUCAUACUCUACAUAGCUAGCUGCACACUAAGAGUUUUUGGGAGCCAAAUGGGUUUCAUAAGGAGCUCCUUCUCGUUCAUGUUCGGGACACUGUCUGGGAUCUACAUAGCCCAGAACUACAACGUGCCUAACAUAAAAAAACUUGCUGAAUUUAGCCUUUCCAUGGCCAAACAGAUGGAAGAAACCCAUCGCAAACCCAGCAACAAGAAAGACAGAGACGAUGUUUAAGAAUGAUUGAUCGAUCCAUCACCAUGACAGGGUUCGCACAUAUAUUAUGAUCCCAUCUUGAGCAACUCUAGUCUUAUUCAUAUGAAGAUCUAUAUGAAUUAUUUGCAAAAUCGGGGAGCUUAUGUUUCCAUGUAUUAGCCUAUAGUUUUUUGCCCCCCUUUCCCAUCUUUAUGAGUGAUUGUCUUACUUUUAUGCUUGGGGUUAGUGCCUUAGUGGAAACGGUCUAUCGGUUUUCAUUUGAUAAAGCAACAUGUACCCUUACUCUAUUACUAAAACUAAAGAUUGCAUACGCUGAAAGUUUACCAUUCAAUAA